UGCAUGGAGCUCCCCUAUCGUCCAGAGCUACCGCUUGAAGAUCCAGGUAGAAUGUAAUUAAUUAAUUAUUAUAUAAUUGGUUAACUGAUUACUGAUUUGCUUCGAGAUUCGUGCUCAUUUUGAAAGAGGGAGUACUAGAGCCGUUGCCUAUUUUAUUAGGGGACAUAAGCCACUCCCGGGCUCCCGGCACAAGAAUCACAGCAUAGAGUGUUGCACUGUGCAAAAGCCAUGGAGAGCAAUGGCGCCGCCGCCGUCCACCAAAGACAUGGUCUCCGCCACGUGCUACUGUUCCCGCUCCCGUACCAGGGCCACAUCAACCCCAUGUUCCGGCUCGCCGGCGUCCUUCACAGCCGCGGCUUCGCCAUCACCGUCUUCCACACCCACUUCAACGCCCCCGACCCGGCGCGCCACCCGGACUACCGCUUCGUCCUCGUCCCCGACGGCAUCUCCGGCCCGUCCCCGGUCACCAUCGAGGACAGGUUUGCGCGAGUAAUCUGGAUCGGCGACGCGUGCGAGGCUGCCUUCCGGGACCGCCUCGCCGCGGUCCUGCAGGAGUACUCCAGGGACACCGUCGCGUGCCUCGUCGUCGACACGCACCUACUGGAGAUUUUCCAGGUGGCCACGAGUCUCUCCGUGCCCACGCUCGCGCUGCGCACCGGUAGCGCCGCCUGCUUUGCGUGCUUCCUCGCGUACCCGAUGCUCUGCGACAAAGGCUACCUCCCCGUGAAAGACUCGCAGCUUGACCUGACGGUGGCUGAGCUGCCGCCGUACCGGGUGCGCGACCUGAUGCACAUCGGUGAGGCCGGCCACCACCUGAUGUGCCAACUGCUGGCGCGCGCCGUGGCCGCCGUCAACAUCUCCUCGGGCCUCAUACUCAACACGUUCGACGCGCUGGAGCGCCGCGAGCUGGAUCGCCUCCGGCGGGACCUCGCCGUGCCGGUGUUCGACAUCGGACCGCUCCACAAGCUCUCGCCCGACGGCGACAGCAGCCUGCUGCGCCAAGACAGGAGCUGCCUGGAGUGGCUGGACGCGUUUCCGCCGGAGUCGGUGCUCUACGUGAGCUUCGGCAGCGUGGCCUGGAUGAGCCCGCGGGACCUGGUGGAGACGGCGUGGGGCAUCGCCGGCAGCGGCGUGCCGUUCCUCUGGGUGGUCCGGCCGGGCAUGGUCAGCGGGUCCGCGGACGACCACCGUCUCCCCGAAGGGUUCGAGGCCGCGACGCGCGAGCGCGGCAAGGUCGUGGCGUGGGCGCCGCAGGAGGAGGUGCUGCGCCACCGCGCCGUGGGCGGCUUCUGGACGCACUGCGGCUGGAACUCGACGACGGAGGGCAUCUGCGAAGGGGUGCCCAUGCUGUGCCGCCCCUGCUUCGGCGAUCAGAUGGGGGACACCAGGUACGUGGAGCACGUGUGGAGAGUGGGGUUCGAGGUCGGCGGCGACCUCGAGAGGGGCAGCGUGGAGGCGGCCAUCCGGCGGCUUAUGACGGGUGAGGACGGUGCCGAGAUGAGGGCGAGGGCCGGCGAGCUGAAGAAGGCGGCGGUGGACUGCACCGGCGAGGACGGCUCGUCGCGCAUGGCUAUCGAUAAGCUGGUCACACACAUCAUGUCGCUGUAAAUGCUGCAUCUGGCCCAACUGUGAUGUUUUCCUUAUGUUCUUCUUUUUUGCCUUUUCAGCUUUUAACUCUCUACUACUCGUGUUCAAAGUUUCCAUAUGCGUUACACACCUGAAACUCUACCGAAAAACAAAAUAAACCUCAUUCUUGAGCUUGCCUGAAA